AUGGCCUCCAAUGCAUCUUGUAUCUUUUGUAAAAUAAUCAAAGGAGAAAUCCCUUGUUUUAAAUUACUCGAAACCUCAACCACAUUAUCUUUCUUAGAUAUCCAACCAACUGCCCAUGGACACGUUCUUGUGAUUCCAAAAUAUCACGCCGCUAGAUUUCACAAUAUCCCUGAUGAAUAUUUAACUGACACUUUACCUAUGAUUAAAAAAUUGACUAAAGUAUUAAGAUUAGACGAAGAUCAUGGACUUGAUGGAGAAGGAUAUAAUAUUUUACAAAAUAAUGGGAAAAUUGCCCAUCAAGAGAUUGAUCAUGUUCAUUUUCAUUUGAUUCCUAAGAAGGAUGCGAAGACUGGGUUGAGUAUGAGUUGGCCUGCUCAACCUACUGAUUUUGAUGCUUUGGGGAAGUUGCAUAAGGAAUUACUUGCUGAAUUGGAAGCUGACCAAGAAGAGAAGUUGUAG